AUGUCAAAUCCUCAUCAUUUUCUAUCUAUACCAGCGAAAAAGGCAUCUGAUGUUCCACUAUCGACACCAAUCAAGAACUUCAUCAAAGCAAAUUUUGGUGAUAAAGAAGAUUAUUCCGCCUCAAUUGAUGGAUUGAAUUCAUUGCGUUCCGAAGCACUACUUCGCAGUAAUUAUAAAGAUGAUAUAUCGAAAUUACUCCGAUAUUAUGAUCAGUUACAUGCCAUUGAAUACAAACUACCUAUAACGGAAAGUCAAAUUCGAAUCUAUUUCAAAUGGCAAGAUGCAUUUGUUGCCGGAGGUGGUCUAUUCGGUGGAAAACAAAAAACGAACGGUUCAUGGAAAUUAGCCUAUGAAAAAGCUUGUGUUCUUUUCAAUAUUGGCCAUGCGUACAGUGAAUUAGCCAUUGCACAAAAUCUUUCAACAGAUGAGCAAAUGAAAGCAGCAUUGAAAUAUUUUCAAUUAGCAUCAGGCAUAUUUUCAUUUCUGAAAGAUUAUGUCAAUGCUAAUUGCUUAUCGGACCUAUCCGUGGAUUUUGAACCAGCUGUUUUGGCCAGUAUUUCAUGGUUAAUGUUAGCACAAGCAGCUGAACUUGUCUAUUUGAAAUCAGCUACUUUGAAAGAUGACAUUGCAGCCAAAGUUGCAGCACAUGCCUCAGAUUGUUACAAGGAAGCUUAUACAUCGGCGAAAACAGAAAGUGCGAAAAAAAUCGUUCCAGAUAAUUUCAUCAGUGUAAUGUGGGUUAAACAUUUAAUAUUUCAAUCCAAAACCGAAUAUCAUGCUGGUAAACAAGCUCAAGUUGAUCGAAAAUACGGUCUAGCUGUUGUUCGGCUCAAUCGUGCCAAAGAACUUGCUGAUCAAGCUGUCAGUAAAUCUACAAUGGCUGCCCUCACGCCGGUGAUUCGUGCAAAUCAAGAUGAAAUAUCCAAAGCGGCAGCUGCAGCAAGUAAAGACAACGAUUUCGUUUAUCACGAACGAUUGCCAGAUUCGAAAACACUCGAAACAAUCUUAGCACAACCAAUUGCGAAACCUUUACCCGUUACAUUUCCGCUAACCAGUGAUUUUCGAGAUUUAUUUGCUUCACUGGUUCCAAUUGCUUUGAACAACGCUCUUGCGGUAUUCAGCUCGAAACGUGCCGAAAUUAUGAAUAUCGAAAUCAAUCGUUUACGGGAAGCAACCAACGUGCUUAAUGCGUUUUUAGCUUCUCUUAAUUUACCAGCUGCAAUUGAAGACAGCGGUGGUCGUCAAAUUCCACCAUCACUCAUCGAAAAAGCUAACGCAAUCAAACAACAAGGUGGUAUUAGCACAUUAGAACGCAUGGCCAAUGAAUUACCGACAGCAUUGAGCCGUAAUAAAGAAAUCUUGGAUGAAACAAAUCGCAUGCUGGACGAUGAAGAACGCGGUGAUGCCGAAUUACGUACGCAAUUUAAGGAACGUUGGACUCGCACAGGUUCAUCAACAUUAACAGCUCCGCUACGUACUGAAGCGAAAAAAUACAUGGAUAUUAUUCAGAAUGCGAUCAAUGCUGAUAAAAUCGUUCAAGAAAAAUAUCGAAUGAAUCGUGAUUCUAUCGUUUUACUCAGCAAACAAACUCACGAAAUUGCCAAUGAGCUUCCGUCGGCAUCUGCUGCUGGUGCUUUACGUGACACAUAUGUGGUAAAAGAGUUACAUCGUUUGAUGGAUACAGUGGCUGGUGUUAAAGCGGAACGUGAGGUGAUCGAAUCAGAAUUGAAAAACACUGAUUCAGAUGGUGUUCGCGCGCGUUUGAUUGCAGCAUUCCAACAAGGAAGUCAUAUGGAUGAAAACACCGUUGUUGUACAAGAAAUCGAAUCAAUCUAUGCGCCGUUACGUCAGCAAGUGAAUGAAACUGUUUCGAGACAAGAACAAUUAGUUGAGAAUAUUCGACGUGCACAUCAACAAUUUCAAAGUGAAAAACAAGGAAACUCAUCAUCGGAACUGCGUGAAGAAAUGAUGAAAAAUUUAGCUCGAGCAUAUGAUGCUUUUCAAGAGUUAUUGAGUAAUCUGAAAGAAGGAAGCAAAUUUUAUAACGAUUUGACACCGUUAUUACUCAAAUUUCAAAACAAAGUAUCUGAUUUUGUCUUUGCACGCAAAACUGAAAAAGAUGAUUUAAUGAAAGAUAUCCAACGAGGAAUUGUCGGAGGAAAUCCUGCUGCUGCAACAACAACACAACAACCACCACCACCUAUACCACAAAUGACAAAUCCAGGUUAUCCACCUAGCAAUGCUCCACCCUAUCCAUAUGGACAACAACCUUCAGCUCCUGUACCUGGCGGUCAACCACCACCAACCGUACCUAGUGGUGCAGCAUUGCCCUAUCCAGGUGCUUACAUGCCCCAAUUCUUUCCCAUGCCUACUGGAUAUAAUCCAUACAAUCCAUUCUUUAAUCCGGCCGCUCCUCCUUAUCCUAUGGCUAAUGCAUCACCAUAUCCAGGACAAGGUUAUGGUGUUGAUAGACCACAAUCAGGUGCUAAUAAUAAGAAACGAUAA